CCACAAUGCACUGCGUAACUUCAUUGUGUUAGGACGUCUAUUUCAUCUCCAUAACAUUAUCACACAGCUGUCCGGCUAUAUAGCAGAUGUACGCAAACCAAUGGCAAAUCGCAUACGAGUGAAAAUGGCGAACCUACAGACGACUCUACUGUGACUCACGUCCUGAAAUAUUUCCCCCUUAUUUUUUUAUUUAACCCCGCCAGAUAGAACUCUUCACCGAACUGACGAAGUGGCUGAGUUUGUCCCCAUUCUUGGGCGGACUAUUGUUUGGCCACCAUGACGACAAGUGCGAAAUCCAGCUCAGAAUUCAUGGUUGGUGGCAGGUACAAACUUGUGAGGAAAAUCGGCAGCGGGUCGUUCGGUGAUAUUUAUUUGGGCAUCAACAUAACAAACGGGGAGGAGGUUGCGGUGAAACUUGAAGCUGUAAAAGCAAGGCAUCCGCAACUUCUAUACGAAAGCAAACUGUACAAAAUACUACAAGGAGGCACCGGUAUACCACACACAAGAUGGUAUGGCACAGAGAAAGACUACAACGUCUUGGUCAUGGACCUACUGGGCCCCAGCCUAGAAGACCUCUUCAACUUCUGCAGUCGCAGGUUCACUAUGAAGACGGUCCUAAUGUUAGCUGAUCAGAUGAUCAGUCGUAUAGAAUACGUCCACAUGAAGAACUUCAUCCACAGAGACAUCAAGCCAGAUAACUUCCUCAUGGGUAUUGGAAGACACUGCAAUCAGCUCUUUGUGAUAGACUUUGGCCUGGCCAAGAAGUACCGGGACGGACGGACGAAGGUUCACAUCCAAUACAGGGAAGACAAGAACCUAACGGGCACAGCAAGAUACGCCAGCAUCAAUGCACAUCUGGGUAUUGAACAGAGUCGACGUGAUGACAUGGAGUCCCUUGGCUACGUGUUGAUGUACUUCAACAGAACCACUCUACCCUGGCAAGGUCUGAAAGCUGCCACCAAGAAACAGAAGUAUGAGAAGAUCAGUGAGAAGAAGAUGUCCACACCGGUAGAGGUGCUCUGUAAGGGCUUUCCAGCGGAAUUCGCCAUGUACCUUAACUAUGCACGUGGGCUGCGAUUCGACGAGGGGCCAGACUACAUGUACCUGCGGCAGCUGUUCCGCAUCCUGUUCCGCACCUUAAACCACCAAUACGACUACACCUUCGACUGGACCAUGCUCAAGCAGAAGUCCACGUCGCAGGUGGCCGCGCCGGGCAACGCCGGCACCGCCGGCGGCACCAAGCACACGGAGAGCAAAAGCAAGAGCAAGCGUUGAGAUUUCCCCCGAAUUCCUUGUCCCCGUUUGUCGAUUGCGCAUUGUGCGAGGGGCAGACAAUAAUGAUCACUCGUGAGAUUACGAGUUGGGGCUUGACCUCAGAUGGGUCAGCCUUCGUUGGAUCAUACUGUGGGAGGGCGGAGAAUACAACCGCCACCCUCCCUCCCGUCAACAUUGGAUUGGAAAGUCGCAUGAGAUUUUUUUUUUUGAUUGCACCGAGUCCCCUAAUACAAACUAGCAUGCUUCUUUCCAGUUUACGUGUGUUCGUUAAAGACUGUUUUUGUUGUGGUGCCCCGUCGGAUGGAUUAUGAUCUUGUUUUAAUUUGCGUUUUUUCUCUUCGACCACUUUAAUCAAGUGAUGUUAUUUACUCAGAUUGCACAGGGUAAAGUGGAGCAAGCCAAGGUUGACUGGCCUCCUGAAAAAAAAAAACACCCCAGAGCACUUUUUUGAAAUCAGGAAUGCGGUUCUGUGUUGACAUUGCAGAAUGAAUUUGAAAGUGUUAAUAUAUAUAUAUAAAUAUACAUAUACUAAGGCAUUGUAAAUGUGAGUUACUCUUAAAUUAUUCUUCCCAUUUUCUAGGUGUUUUGUCUGUGACAACUUGACUUAUCUGAUCUAAAUGCAAGCCACAGAUAGCAGUGGUACCUUCACAAUAAUUCGAGAAGCAAAAUGUCGACAGAGUGAAGCGCAAGUAACACAACGCCAAACAAUUGAAUUUUACCCUCAUGUAGCCUACCGGUGAACCGUUUAUAGAAUUUACAUGAUUCACCGCGCAGUAACCGAAAAAAACCUUUCACAUGUCCAUGAAGAUUUUUUAUGCAAUGUACAUGUAUUAUGCACCGUCAGUAAACACGUAAUGCCUAAUGACUACUCAUCUUGUAAAUAGAACCGUUGUUUAGUGUAUUUAUAUAAUCCUGGCAUAUCUGGUAUUGAGGUCAUCAGAACUGUUGAUGGCGUGUCGUCUUUUAUUGGACAUCAAGCCUAACUGCUCAAUGGCACCGUUAAUAAACAUGUACAUGAAAAGGGCCUUUAAAUAGUCUAUCCGAUAUCUCUGUGUUGGACCCGGGUCCAGUACACAGAUUUCGGGAAACCCUUUCACACUAGCAAGAAUCCAACAUGGCUUCUACCUUGGUCCUGCGCUCUACAUUGGUAAAAUCCAACCCUGGAAUUGACCAGGGUCAAGAGGCUCUACCUGGGUAGAAAAUUCCAAAAAUCUGGAGCAGACCCGCGUACACAUAGUCUGAGUAUCACCCGUUAUCCACGGAGCCAAGACUCCUGUAUAACGUCUGAUAUAUCUAAGCAUGCAUGACAUCAUUUCAUUCCGAAAUCAGGACUAAGAUUGUAAUUGGUCAGUUUUGAUGCCUCGUUUUUGUAAUACAACAACCUGUACAGAAAUGCUACGUGAUGUUUACACGAGCAUGGAGCUUGAAUUACGCGAGUAUAGAAGGCGCCUGCUGAUUGGUCAGUUUCUCGAGGUCACAUGCAGUCUAGUUGCAUAAUUAAUCGCCGAAUCUGUUUAUGUACAAUAGACCAUUGUCGGCUUCGUCAGGGCCAAGGUCUAUUACAUAGACUAGUGUGCACACCGGUGUAAUCGUGAACUGUACACCUUGCCUGACUGUGUUUUAUGGUAGGCAGUUACGCUAACGAAGGGCCAGUGGGCAGGAGAAAUAAAAAGUUGGGUAGGAGACUUAAAUAGUAGCCAUGGUUUCUAAUUUCAGAAUUGGAUUAUCUUCUGCUGUUUGUGAACUGUUUUUUUUUAUCGGACUUUUAAUAAAAAUACAAAAAAGCAAUAGACCAUGGCAAAGCUAGGACUUGUAAGUAUCUCUCAUUUUAAUACCCCACAACUUCAUGUAGAUAUCCACCAUUCGAUGUGGAGCAAAUUAACAUUGUGUACCAUAUCAGUGCUCACCAAAUAAAUGGUUUCUGUCAUCUGGAGCAAAUAAGGGGCCAUUUUGUGGUAGAGUUGCUUAUCUUGCGUAAAAGUGUUAUUUGUUUCAUUGCUAACAUUUGCAUGCGAUUUACAUGCAGAUUGUUUUUAGUAGAGAAGGCAUUGUUAACUUUGGAACCAAAUAUUUUAGCAUCAGCAUCUCUAUCAAAUUGGCCCCCGACUCCUAAAAGGUGCAUUGGAUUGUAUCAUUUUUUUUUUUUUUUUAUGAAAGAUGGCAGUAGCCAGGAUAAUUUUCUUUAGUUACCAACCUGAACAAGUGUUAAUAGCCACCAUUUUGGCGAGUUUUUAAUAAUUUAUUGAUAGAUUGAUCAUGUCUCCACAAUAAGAGAUUUAGGCUAGAAAGGAAUGAUUGGUUUUUAAAAAAAGAAAAAUAGGCUGAAAGAUAUCAGGAAAUCAGGAUCAUCUUGUGCAGCACUUACUUUAAUUUAUUUGAUUUUAAAUGUUUUUAAAGUUGUCUGCUAGUUAUGUUAUUUGUUUUUUAGUUUGCAUUUGUCUCCCCAGAUUGAUUGUUCUUUUGGUUUUGUUGAAAGCACAUAAACAGGAACUUGUAAGGCCAAAGGUGUAACAAAUAGAUUGUUUGUAGAGAGAGAAUUUUCAGCAUUAUAAAAAGUGAAGUUGCACAUGAUUAUUAUUAAAGACCUCACCAUCACUUCACCACCCCUUGAUUUAGUUCAUCACAAAGUAAAAAGUUCAACAAUAGAGUGUAAGGUUUUGAAUAUAAAUACAGAGUACACCGUGACAAUUUUCAGGUACAUUUUGGUACUUAAAUCAGAGCCUAUAGUUCAUUUUGUGUGGGUUUUUUUUUUUUUUUUGGGGGGGGGGAGGGGGGUUCACGUUAUUGCACUCCAUUUUUACAUUGUCCGCUUUUUCUGUCACUGCCAGUUUCUGAGCGCAAAUUGUGUUUGCAAUGUGUAUUCAUUUUUUUUUUUUUUUACAAAACAUCAGGUUUUUAAUUAGUUUUCUAAAUUUAGAUUAAACUCCCAAGAUAACUUUCAGUUCAGUGUAGGCGAGGACAAAAUACCCAUUACUUGAAUUAUUACUGUGUUAUGUAUGAACUACCAAAAAAAUUAAAUUUCUAAUCUUGUUUUUCAUUUUAUUGGUGGAGAACAAAAAAAUUAACUCGGUUGAAUUUCACUAUUAAAACAAAAUUAUAUGACACUUGUUUCACUGUAAACUUGUUAUCUUGAGAACUACCUGAUAACCUUUUUAAUGUAAUUGUAAAACUGAACUUGGUGAAAGGUUAAUUCUUCUAACGUAAUCAACAAUGAACAAGAAAAACAUUUACAGGUACAUAUAAUGGGCCCUUGUUAACAUUUUGUAGUGAGGCCAAAAAUAAAAACUGGAUCAAGGAUUUUUGCUGACAAAAUGAAAACCUGAGAAAAAAAUGCCAAAAACAAUUAUUGCAAAUACAGCAAAUCUAUUUUUUUUAAAGCAAGAUAACAACUUAAGGCUGGCUGUUCGACAUCCUGUAACCUGAAUCUAGACCAAUUUCAUAGCGCUAGUAAUUACCAAGUCUUGGGAGCAUCGGUAGAGCUACCCAGGAAAUACCAAAGCAUGCCUCACACACCCUGUAUUCAAGCGUGAAGUAUGCUCCACAUCUGGGUAACGCUGCCAAACUUCCCAAGACUGGAUGUGACUCAUCUUGUUUGUUAGCAACCUCUGGCCACGGUAGCUUGCCGUGGUCUGCAUUGAAGAAAAAAAAUCCAGCCUUGGAUCAAGACUAACCAGCCAUAUGGCCUGAUUUCUUCCCUAACAUGUAGCUUGAAAAUGCCCUUUUAGAGAUUUUAUAGAGAGAUAUCAGAAAUACUGGUAUUUCAACUAACAAAGCGUAUCUGAGUCUCCUGUUAUCAAAACUACAUGUAUCACUCCUCUGUAAAUAGCAAACGGAGAUACUAGAGUCCCCAUGUGAUUUUUAUGUCGUGUCUAAUUUAUGCUAGUUGGAACUCCUUUGGAUGUUUUUUUAUAUGUUCAGUUAAUUGUCCUUUGUGUGCUAAAAAGUCCCAAGUUUGUUGUUUUGAUUGCUGCACAAGAAACAUGUGGAUGGCAUGUGUAAAUACGAUGUAUACCGUCACGAUCGCCCAGCCAUAAUGCAAUCUCUUAAUGGACUGGAAAAUUCUCAUGUUGCAACUUGUAAAAUGUCACUGUAAAAAUACACAAGCAGUUUCUGUAGCGGGGUUUCUAUAGAUUUUCUUAAUAGCAAUUUUUUUUUUGGUAGGACGUACCCUUUGUCGUAAAGGGGUGUUUUCAUUUCCACAUCAGACAUGAGAAUUUUCUGUUGAGAUUGGGCCAGUUUUGUUUAUAAAUGUGAAAUAAAAGAAACUCUGAAAAGGGUAAAAAAAAA